AUGCCUUCUCAACCUCAAUCCAAACAGAGUUUCCUUCCGCUCGAGGAUGGCUCACACCAUGAAGCAAAAGAAGAUGCUUUUGCAGCCCCCAAACGCAUCAUCAUUUGCUGUGAUGGUACUUGGCAGUCCUCGGUGUCAGGCCUGAAGAACAUCCCGUCCAAUGUUACAAGGCUUGCCCGUUCAAUUGCUCGUAGCGGCAAGGACAAAGACGAGAAAGUGUGGCAGCAAGUAGUUUACUACGAUGCUGGCAUUGGAACGGGAGACCUGGGUCAGGCAGAAGCCAAUCGGCAGGGAGGUGCUGGCAUUGGCUUUGUGGGCAACGUUAUUGAAGCCUACAACUUUAUCGUCCUGAACUACAAUAUUGGUGACGAGAUCUUUUGCUUUGGCUUCUCUCGAGGAGCUUAUACCGCUCGUGCAGUCGCAGGUCUCGUCACUGAUAUUGGUAUUGUCUGUCCCAAGGAUCUGCAAGAUUUCCCUGACCUUUACGCCCUAUACCAGAAGAAUCCUGAUGGUUUCCAUUUCCGCAAGUCACAAGCUUACAUGGAAUGGGUUAACGGUGUGCCAUCUAAGAAGGAGGCUAACGGGGGAUCUCAAAUUCAGUCUCAAUGGGACAGUCCUCCUCAUCACGAUGCCCCUGAGUCGUCUAGAUUCGUCAAGGUUGUCGGUGUUUUUGACACUGUUGGAAGCCUGGGUAUCCCCGAUUUGCCAUGGACUCGUUUCAAUCUCAAGUUUCUCGAGAAGGCCGUCGGGAUCGCCGAUCCUGGUUUUCAUAACAUUCAUCUGAGCCCUUACAUUCAUCAUGCUUACCAUGCUUUGGCUCUGGACGAACAUCGAGCACCCUUCUCGCCCAGUCUUUGGCACUUCCCAGCCAACAAGAACCAUCACCCUCCCAAGCCCGCUAAGGAUGUACAGCAGCUUUGGUCCGAUUGGGAGAAGAUUUACAAGAACCCCAGCGCAACGAAAAAGCAGCUAGAAGAUGCAUGGGGUGCUGUAGUUGAUGGCGUACACAUCAACAUCGGCGGCGGGAAUGAUGACCUCCUUACUGAGAAGAAGAGUGAUCUCGAGCAAAUCGCACUGAUUUCAUUCGCCUGGAUGUGUGAGCAAGUCGCUCCUUAUUUGCAGUUUGUCGAAGACGGUAGCUUGAGUGAGCUUGGAAAAUCAGCAGUCCAAGACCGCUAUAACCUCCUCAAACCACUCCUAACUAACAUCCAAAACGGAGAUGAGAAGGACUACGGCCCUGGGCCAUUGUCUAGCCGCAUUUCAGCCUCCUUGGACCGCACAGGUAUCAAGAAAGCAGACGUUCGUAAGAUCCCAGAGGAGACGGUCAGCGGCUGGGCAACUGGGCCUAUCGUCGACAGCUUCACCGGCGCCAUGAUCGCCGGAGGCUCCGUCGACAGAGUUCCUGGCAACUAUACCAAGGACGACAAGGGUCGCGAGAUAGGUGAUACAUAUGAGAUGAUCCAUCCGUGCGUCAAGUAUCGCAUGAGCAAAAUUCCGAGCUACAAGCCCAAAGCCCUGCGUGGCUUCGAGAGGACUGCUGAUGGAGGCAGGGGAUAUGUGUGGACGAAGGGCAAUGUUAAGAUCCCGGAAUUUGUGAUUAAGACCGGGGAUGCUUUCUCGAGGCAUGUUGCGGAGCAGGAUCGCAGUGCUGGCGGAAAUGCUCAGGAUUUCCUCCGGAAAAUUGACGCUGUACUUGUCUGA